GCCUUGUGUUACUCAGACCAGCCUUGUGUUCUGCCACUGAAGUUAAACCCAAAAAUGGCGAUCACCUUGCAGACUCCACCCUGUGCUUCUCUGGCAGCUUCAUCAUGCAAUCAGCGACGAUCUAGAUUUUCAGCUGCUGCCACUCCUCCUCUACUCUUCAAAUCUCACAGACUCUUCACUCAAACCCGUGCCUCCGCUGGAUCCUCUUCCUCUGUCGACGCCGGUCUGAUCACUGAAUUGGAUGCUGUGUCAGGCUUCAGUGAGAUAGUUCCUGACACUGUCAUUUUUGAUGACUUCGAAAGGUUCCCCCCUACGGCUGCUACAGUCAGUUCAUCGCUUCUACUUGGUAUAUGUGGCUUACCAGACACAAUAUUUAGGAAUGCUGUGGAUAUGGCUUUGGCAGAUUCUGAGUGUUCCGGGCUUGCUAGUUCUGACGCAAGAUGGCCUUGUUUCUUUAACAAGGCUUUAGUGAAUGUUGGGGGUGAUCUGGCAAAACUAGUCCCUGGUCGCGUUUCCACUGAAGUGGAUGCACGUCUUGCUUAUGACACCCAUGGCAUCAUCAGGAAGGUGCACGACCUUUUGAAGUUGUACAAUGAUAUUAAUGUUCCUCCUCAACGCCUGUUGUUUAAAAUUCCUUCAACCUGGCAAGGAAUAGAGGCUGCAAAGUUGCUUGAAUCUGAGGGCAUACAAACACAUUUGACUUUUGUUUACAGUUUUGCCCAAGCUGCUGCUGCAGCCCAAGCUGGUGCUUCUGUUAUCCAAAUUUUUGUUGGUCGCCUUAGGGAUUGGGCACGGAAUCAUUCAGGAGACCGAGAGAUAGAAUCUGCCCUAGCAAGAGGAGAAGAUCCUGGUUUGGCAUUGGUGACAAAGGCUUACAAUUAUAUUCAUAAAUAUGGACACAAGUCAAAGUUGAUGGCAGCAGCUGUGCGCAACAAGCAGGACUUAUUGAGUCUUCUGGGGGUUGACUAUAUCGUAGCACCAUUGAAGGUUUUGCAGUCUCUCAAAGAGUCUGUCACUUCUCCUGAUGAGAAGUACUCUUUUGUUAGAAGACUGUCCCCUCAGUCUGCUGCUAAUUACACAUUUAGUGAUGAAGAGCUUGUUAAGUGGGACCAAAUGAACCUUGCUUCAGCAAUGGGGCCAGCAGCUGUGCAACUUCUUGCCGCUGGACUAGAUAGCAAUGCUGAUCAAGCGAAGCGAGUGGAGGAGCUAUUUGGCAAGAUCUGGCCACCCCCAAAUGUAUGAAUUGGAUCCUGUUUCCUCACUUCUUUUUCGUAUUCACUGAAUAAACUAAACAUAAAGGGCACUGCAUGACUUCUUUUUUUCGUUUCUUCACUUUAAUAUCGAAACACUUUCCUCUGAUGUAAAUUAAAUCCAGUUCCUGGAAAAUAUUUGUCAUCAAAAUUUCCUCUUCGUUUUUGUACUUGAAUUCCUUUUGUUUCGUUUUUAUUAAAUUGCGAUUUGGAGGCUU